GUAUUGGGAAAUGUUAACUCCCCGAUCACACUUUGCAGGGACUCCUUUUGCCAGGAAUGGCAAUGCGGAAAUUGUUGCAACGGAGAUUCAUCCCUCGCGCUCCCUCCUCAGCCUCAUACUACUUUCCGUACAUCUUUUCUCAAUCGCACGGUUCCGGUCACCGGCGGCGCCUGCACCAUCUUCUCUGCCGUCCUGUGCCGCCGUCUUAUUUUGCUGCUGCUCCGCAAUUUCUACCGCCGUUCCAUGGAAUUUCCUCCCCACGUUCUUUCUCCACUCGCGACUCCGCCUCCGCCGCAGGCUGGCCGCUCAAGGAUGACAACUUCACGGCUGCUCAACCCUUUGCGUGGCCAGACCCGUUUUUUGGCGGCGAUGUGGAUAAUAGCAGGCAUUUUGAAGAUUUGUUUCUUCCCGUUAACAAGAUGAUUUCGUUGGUAGAUUGCUACCACGACCUCUCCGGGCUCCCUUGGUGGGCGGUUAUUGCUUCUGGGACGUUGGCAAUGAGGCUCGCAUUAUUUCCUUUUAUGAUAUUGCUAAUCCGCAAGUUUACGAGGAUGGGAGAGAUACUUCCCACCUUGCCCUCUCUAUUUGCACCCCCUAAGGGAGGAAAGAGUUUCAAAGACCAAAUUAAACUAAUGUUGAGAAAGAGACGAGGAAGAACUUUCGAAGACCGACUUAAAAUCUUCCUGAGAGAGAAACGAGCAGCUGAUUGCCCUUCAUUUGUAUGGUUCUUUGCAGCUAUUCUCCAGGUGCCCUACUUUCUACUAUGGCUCACAACUGUAAGAAGAAUGUCACUUAAUCAUCAUGAUGGCUUUGAUUGUGGAGGAAUUCUAUGGUUUCAGAAUUUGACGGAACUCCCAAAUGGUACUUUAGGCUCCAUCCUUCCUUUACUGGCUGCAGGCUUGUAUUUUGCAAAUGUUAAGGUUACCUAUAUGAAGUCAUCCAUCGUGAAAAUGAAUGAACUCGCCAAGUGGUACAAGUUACAUUUGGAACUUAUGACACUGCCAACAAUGUUCAUAGCAUUCCAUAUUCCUCAGGGGAGUUUAAUAUGUUGGGUUACGAAUGGUUCAUUUACUCUUAUUCAGCAAAUAGCUUUAAGGAAUCCAUAUGUUUGCAAAAAAUUGGGUAUACCUGACAGGGAUGCUUCUGCAUUAGCUGCAAAAGAUAAAGAUAACUCUACAGUGUGGGAAAUGUAUCUGCCAACAGGGUUGCGUGAGAUACUUGCCCAGAAUAUAUCGUCUUCAGAAAUGGUUAAACUUUCAGCCAAAUACUUAGCAGAGGGUCAGAAAGAUGUGGCUCUUCCACUACUGCGACUUACUAUUGAUAAGGAUCCCGAGAACAUUAAAGCGCUGGCUGUUUUGGGGCAGGCACUGUUGCGUUAUGGUUACUUAGUGGAAGCAACUGCAUAUUUAGAGCAUGCUAUAUCCAAGCUGCUUCGAAAUGGUAAUCCAACGGGAGGUGACGAAGUUGAUCUUUUGAUCCUAUCAUCUGAAUGGGCAGGUGUAGCUUGUUUGCGGCAGGGGAAAUUCGACGAGGGUAUGACACACCUUAAAAGAAUAGUUAAGAUGAAGGAGCCAGAGGAUCCAAACUCGAAAGCCAAUUACUACGAGGGUAUGGUAGUAUUCUCGAGUGCUUUGUUCAGUAAGGGGUUUAAAGUUGAAGCUGCCAAUUAUUUGCGCAUGGCAGCCGCUUAUGAUGAUUCGUAUAAAAGAUUCCUAGAAAAAUGCGAAGAGGAUCUGCGUACACAAGACGAUGAAUUUGUCGACGGCCUCAUCAACAGCCGGAGAGUUAAUUACUGAGUUUGGUAUUUAUGAUUUUUUAUUUUAACCGUUUUUACGUGUAUAAUUAUAGCAUAGGGAAACGUUACAAUGCCAAAAAUUGUCGUACAUAAAAAAUGUCUUAUUUCAAAAAUAGAAAGUAAUGUUUUUUGUUUUAA